AAUCUAAAGUUGGAUGAACGAAGACUUAUCCUUUAUCAGUCAUUCAAAUAAGAUUGUACUCCUAGUAUUUUAAAUUUAAAAGGCUCUGAACACUUUGAAGGGUAGCACAAUUAUAAAUGCCGACAAAUAUAUUAUCUCUGUCUAGAAUCUACUAGAUUAAGAAUCACGAUACAAGAGUGGACUUAUUUUACCCAACACACAGUCACACACAGGAAUACACUAUAUAUAGAGAGAGGAUUGGUGAGGAGAAGAAACAAGUAGAUUGGGGAAGGAAAAAAAAAUGGAGAGAGCGUUCAUAAAUUUCGUAUUUUGUGGGCUAUUAUUACUGAUAGGAUGUGUUUCAUCAACCACAGUGAGAGACUUGGAUCCACUCAUCAGACGAGAUCUGCUGGCCAAUGGUCUUGCCAACACUCCUCCAAUGGGGUGGAAUAGUUGGAAUCACUUCAGCUGCAAGAUUGAUGAGAAAAUGAUCAAAGAAACAGCUGAUGCUCUGGUUUCAACUGGUCUUGCUAAGCUUGGAUAUAAGUAUGUCAACAUAGAUGAUUGCUGGGCAGAAAUUGCUCGUGACGACAAGGGUAAUCUAGUGCCUAAGAAAUCUACAUUCCCUUCCGGCAUCAAAGCUCUUGCUGAUUAUGUCCACAACAAGGGCCUUAAGCUAGGAAUUUACUCAGAUGCAGGUUAUUUUACUUGUAGCCAAACAAUGCCUGGUUCACUCGGUCACGAGGAACAAGAUGCUAAAACCUUUGCUUCAUGGGGUAUCGAUUAUUUGAAGUAUGACAAUUGUUUUAAUGAUGGGUCAAAGCCAACUGUUCGAUACCCUGUGAUGACCCGGGCUCUAAUGAAAGCAGGCCGUCCCAUCUUCUUCUCACUAUGUGAAUGGGGAGACUUGCACCCAGCAUUAUGGGGAGCUAAAAUAGGAAAUAGCUGGAGAACUACUGGUGACAUUGCUGAUACAUGGGAGAGUAUGACCUCUAGAAUAGACAUGAAUGAUGUUUAUGCUGAACUUGCAAGGCCCGGUGGAUGGAAUGAUCCUGACAUGCUUGAGGUUGGAAAUGGAGGGAUGACCAAAGAUGAAUAUAUUUCCCAUUUUAGUCUAUGGGCCAUUUCCAAGGCUCCACUUCUCAUUGGUUGUGAUGUGAGAAAUGCAACAAAAGAGACAAUGCAAAUUAUUUCCAAUAGUGAGGUGAUUGCUGUAAAUCAAGAUGCCCUAGGCGUUCAAGGGAAAAAGGUUAGGAUGGAAGGCGACCAGGAGGUUUGGGCUGGUCCCCUUUCGGGCUAUAGAGUAGCUGUAGUCCUUCAAAACCGAGGUCCUCAUCGUAUUAACAUUACAGCCCGCUGGGAUGAUAUUGGGAUUCCUCCCAACAGUGUUGUGGAAGCAAGAGAUCUUUGGCUGCACAAAACAUUGAAGAAACAAUUUGUCGGGCACUUGACAGCCACCAUGAAUGGUCAUGCAUGCAAGAUGUUUAUAUUGAAGCCUAUUUCUUGAGGUUUGCUAGCAGCAAAUGCUUGUGAUAUUUUCUAUGCUUCCCUCCAUUCGACUUCACAUUGAGUUCAACAGAACAAUAAAAUGACUAUUUUAGUUGGCAAUAAAGUUGAUUUUCAUGGAAAUUGAGGUUCCCUUUAUUAAAUGUUUAUAUGAAUUUUGGUUUUACAUUUUGCUGUUUUUCUGUGAAGAACCUGUGUGUCUGAGUUCAAUGGUAUUGUGAAUUUGGUUUUCAAUUUACCUAUAAA